AUGAACAACUCAGCGACACAAACUGAGAAUCCCGUUGUAUGGCGCACGCCGCAGUACUACAACGUGAAGAAGAAGCAGCCAAAGUACGGCGAGCAACAGCAACAGCAACAACAACAACAACAACAACAACAACAACAACAACAACAACAACAACAACAACAGCAGCAGACACAGCACUCCAAUCUUCCCCCACAGCAACUCAUACCAAGAGCAUCGCAGCCACAGCAACAGACUGAGCCCAGCGAUCUAAGCCUGGCAAAUAUACUCCACUACUUGCAAUCAGAAUGGAGGAGAUAUGAGAGAGAUCGCAAUGAAUGGGAAAUAGAAAGGGCAGAAAUGAGAGCGAGACUGGCUCUGCUUGAAGGCGAGAAGAGAGCUACUGACAACGUCAAAUCUGACCUUUUGCGACGCGUCAAAAUGCUCGAAUACGCUUUGAGGCAGGAGAGAGCUAAGUUUAUUGCUCUCUCGAAUCCACGCUCCACUUCUCCGAAAUCAGCCAACUCUGGGGAAUCGAACGAUGACAAGAACGCAAGUGGAGGUGGAAAUACAAACACAAACACAACUUCAAAUACAAACGCAUCAGCUAUCCAUCCAACUAAAAAGGCCACUUUAAAGUUUGAUGGCGAUGACAGUCAGAAAUCUGAUGACAGCCCUACUCUCUCCUCUUCAAAUACUCUGCUUAACCACUCUCACAACAAUUCUUCGCUCCCUCAGUGGCUUAAAUCAUCCAAUCACGCUAAAGACACUAAAACUCGCUCGAAAAGUCGACAGUAUUUGCAGCAGUGUCUUGAAGAAAUCACUUACCUCACUGAUCCAUCGACUCUCAAUCCACUUACGGGUAGACCAUACAAGGACGUAGACGGAUUGGAAAUCGAGAAGUUACCACAUUCUGUGCCAAUGGAGUCAACGUCACCAAAUUCCUCCGAAAAAAUCAAUCAGCAGUUAUCAAACAGCUUAUCCAACUCAGUUACAAUCGAUGAGAGUAGCGGUGGUCCAAUAGUAUCACACCCAAUUGUCGAAAACGAGGAGAGUGUACGAGCUCAACUUGCAACUCCAUCCGGACCAUCAUCUCCUCCAGUCAUCGCUAGCAACAUAUUCGAUCAGAAGGCGCAAGAGAUGCACAAGACGCAGACUGAGCCCGAAGAGCAUGAUGACGAUGAAGAUGAUCAGGAUGACCAAACUGUCAUUGACCAAGAUAACGACGCUAAUGAUAAAGAGGAAGAACAAAACGGUGAUGAUAAUCCUGAGGCUGAGGCUACUUUCACUCCAGUCACACACUCUAAUGACCAAAAGGAUACCACAAAAACGAAUGAAACCAUUGAUGAGGAUGCCAAGGUUUCCAAAGAGCAAUUGGAAGACGAAAACCUGGUUAAACCUGAGGAUCCAAUGAAUGCUGAUGCUCCAAGUGAAGCUAAAGCUGAAGCUGCGGCUGAGAAAUCUGAGCAUUCUGCGCAAUCUACCCAGCCUCAGACGGAAGGAGCAGUUGAACCAGCAAACCACCCUGAAGAUUUACAGUUGAAAGUAGCUCCAUUGAUCGACGUACAAAAUGUAGAAGAUGAAGUAGAUAGCGAGAGCAUGCGCUCGAACAGCUCAAUCAAGUCAACAGGAUUAUGGAAGUGGUGGAAGACGCUGCGAAGCCACACUGAUCCUAUCCGCGCUGUGGUGUUCAUCAAGCUGAAUGCGGACGAGACGAUGAUGAUAACAGGGGGAGAUGACACGGUUUUGAGGUAUUGGAGAGUACCACCUUCCACUGACAAGAGUGUGCUACUCCCCAGUGUCAAUCUGCGCGCUCACACCGCACCAAUAACUUCAAUAGCCGCUUCUAAGACGAAGAAGGUAGUUUAUACAGCCAGCAUUGAUAGCACGAUACGCGAAUGGAAACUGACGGAGCGGGAUGGAGAUGUUAUCGAUCUCCAUUCGCUCUCGGGGAGGAUCUUCGAGGGUCAUACAAACGCUGUUUGGGGAGUCGUGUGUACACAAUCAGGCAAGCUCAUCAGCGUCAGCAGCGACUCGACGAUGAAGAUCUGGAAUGAGGAGACAGGUGCGCUGGAAAACACUAUCAACCUCGACACGCCGUGUUCGACGAUCGAUUUAUACGAAGAGAGUGAGAGUGGGAGUGAGAAGGAAACUAUCAAGGUGGCAGUUGGAUUGACUGACCAGAGAGCCAUCGUGAUGGAUCUCACCAAUCUCAGCACGCCGUUUUUAGAGCUAGUAGUGGACGAUGCAGACACAGAAGCGAAUGCUCAAUUCAACAAUGUCGUACUGGACGACGAUAGGCUGUUUAGUGCGCACGAGGAUGGCAGGAUCAGAUUGUGGCUGCUGUCCACUGGACAGCGUAUCGAGACGCUGAUGGCACAUCUAGACAGCUGCACUGCAAUUAAGUUGCAACCCUACUCAAACGUACUCGCCAGCGCUAGCCAUGACUGCUCAGUUAGGUUCUGGUCGACAGAGAAAUUCAGCCAAAUUGAUGGCCCUGGAGUUGCGCAUGACGCUUGCGUACAAGAAUGUGGUGGACAUAGGAAGCUGUUCGGCGAGGGUGUCAACGAAAUAGCGGUAAAUAAUGACGGCACGCUGCUUGCUAGUGCAGGUGCAGAUGGGGUAAUCAAGCUGUAUUACAAGUAG